GUCGAGGGCCCGGACCGUUUCCCCAAGGAAUGUUACAGUGCUCUCUCGUCUCGUUUCCUCCUCCCUUGCAAUGAGAGGCGACCCAGAGUUUAUGUUGCUACCCAGGACUUUUGAGCAACCCACUGGUGACAUGGAAGCGAGGAACCGCGAAUGAAGUACAGGAUCAACGGCAAGGCACUUACUCACCUCCAAUUGAUACCUCAGAGUUCGUCUGUUCCUUCCGUUUCCCGCCCUGAGAUACCGGUACCUGACCAGGCACUUUAAUUGUUCAAGGCGUUAGCCCUGGAAUAUGGCAGGAAGUUCAGCGAAUACCCGCGUUGCUGGGUUCUGUUGCAGCUUCCUGCCGCCGCGUAUCUGCGACCUGCCACGAGCACGGCUACGCAAGUACCCGAUCUACGUAUACCCUGUCUCUAACCCUGCCAACUUGGAAGUGCCAACCCGAUGCUAUCUCAACAAUCCUUGUGUAAAACUGUUCGUCUGUGCUGCAAUUUGCAUGCCAUCCAUCGUUAUUGCCGUAUUUUUUAACACCUUGCACCUCCGUCUUUUCCUCUUUCCUCGGCCGCUGCUACUCUUGAUCUCGACUCACACCUUCAACUCACAUAUCAUCUUUCAUAUUCGAUCUCUUCCUGGUCCACUUGGUCUCCACGCAGAUCCUGACUUAUACCAGCAGUCAUCAGACAACGGCCCGUUGCGUUUUGUAACACACCCCCACCAAGCCACCAGCGGAACCUCUCCCUCAGGAACCAUUACCAUGGUAUCUUCCCUAGCUGGGCCCAUCAUUGGCCCGAGCCCGGCCGUUGAACUAGCUCCUGCGGCCGCCGGCUGUGUCAGUCGCGUGGCAGAUGGACCGGCUGGGGUCCCCGAAGGGUGGCCCAAGUUUCUCGACGAGCCUAUGGCUUGGGUUGGUCCUCAAUUUACGGAUGAAUCGGAAUACAUUCACACUCUGAGCGAAUCCGAUCUACAGGAAGCUGAGAAUGCUUUGCUGGUCUUUAAAGCCUUGGGACUUGACGGGGAUUGUGUCUCCCGAGACAACUUCCCUCUUCCCACUCUGGGACCAAGACUGGAUCGUAUCCGCCGAGACGUGCACCAAGGCAAGGGCUUUGGUGUCAUUCGUGGCCUCGAUCCUCAAAAGUACUCAGUCGAGGACUUGACUGUGCUGUAUCUUGGCAUUCAGUCUUACAUUGCCAAUCGUCAUGGGCGUCAAGAUCGAAAAGGCAAUAUGCUAGUCCAUAUCAUCGCCGACAACUCAUCCAAGCUCAAGGCUGGUCACCAUCGACACUCCACCUCCCCCAUCACUUUCCACAACGAGGAAGCUGGUGAUAUAGUCAGCUGGCUCACACGUAGCACCGCUAUCUCGGGAGGCAAAUGCAUUAUCGCCUCAGCCUACACUGUCUACAAUGUUCUUGCUACUAGCCGUCCAGAUAUGGUCCGCACUCUUGCUCGCUCUGACUGGCCAUUCGCCCUACCCCGUUUCCAGUGCCGACCAGUCCUCUUUCAUCAUGAGGGGAGAGUGUUGAUCAACUUUGGGCGUGUGGCACUCACAGGAAAUGCAAUUCACCCACGCCCUACCAACCUUCCCGCCGUUACGCCACGACAGAUGGAGGCAUUGGACUCCAUUGAGAACAUUGCCAAGGCAACUCAGCUGGAGAUCAGCACACAUGCAGGUGAUAUGCAUUUCAUUAACAACCUCACAAUCUUGCAUCGCCGAGAAGGCUUCGUCAACGGUGAGGCUGCCCGGGAACGUCGACACUUGGUACGCAUGAGACUCCGCGAUGACGAGCUGGGAUGGAAGCUCCCUGCAGACCUGAGACAAGAGUGGUCCGCUGCUUUCAACAAGGAAGCACCCAAGAUCUGGCACAUUGAGCCCAUGCCAGACGGUUUCUUCCCCCUCAGGUCUCAGGCCAACUAAAACUGUGCUUCUAGCGCUUAGAGCAACCUCAGUUGUGGGGUGAACUCGCAUGCAUUCAUGCAUGCUCUCGAGACAUGAUGAGAUAAUGGGGUGCUUAUCAACUUUGGAACCGAGGCGCAUAAAAAGGGCAAUGAGGAAUCUGAGGGUAACGGGGGAGAAAUUAAAAGUUAUGAAUAAGGUCCUGCACUCGAGUUUGAGUAUGCUUUUUUAGGUUCUUUUAUUUCUUUUUU